AUGGCUUCCGGCUCGACAACCGCCAUGCUAUAUGCAUUGACGGCCACUCCAACGGUGGCCAGUACUCGCCCAGACGACGAUCUCACCAAAGCUAAGGCAUGGCAUCUCAAGAAAGGCGGCUUCACCAAUCCAUGGCCUUCAUUUGAUCCCAUGAGUACCUUGGAGCUAGUCGUCACGUUCUGGGGCCGCAGGCUCGUCGGAAAAGGCAACACUCCGGACACCACCCCUCCCACAGUUCCAGUACACAAGCCACGUUUUCUCCCUUCUCGACAGAGCAGCGACAAGCUCCGAGCCACCUGGUUGGGCCAUGCUUGCUACUAUGUCGAGUUUCCAUCUGGUCUGCGUGUCCUUUUCGACCCAGUCUUUGAGCACCGCUGCUCCCCUUUGACAUUCUUUGGUCCUCAGCGAUACACCGAAGCUCCUUGCGACAUCAGCGACAUUCCCAUUGUUGAUGCCGUGGUCAUUUCACACAAUCACUAUGAUCAUUUGUCCUAUCCUAGCAUCACCAAGAUUUCCAACCUGCACCCUAACGCCCACUUCUUUGUGCCGCUGGGCAACAAGGAAUGGUUCAACAAAUGUGGUAUCACCAAAUGUACCGAGCUAGAUUGGUGGGAGGAAGUCGACCUGACCCUGACUCCUGCCUCUGACAACCGCGGCAAAGAAACAACCGUCAGCUCAACCGAGGAGCCAAAAUCUCCUUCCACUAAUGUAAUCACUGCCCGCAUAGGCAGCACACCCUGCCAGCACAUGACCGCCCGCGGCCCCUUCGAUCGUAACGCGACCCUCUGGUCUUCCUGGACAAUCUCGUCAGGAGGCAAGUCAUUAUAUUUCGCCGGAGAUACCGGGUAUCGUACCGUUCCCAAAGCUUCGAGACACGAUGAGGAUGACUGGAGUGAAAAAUGGUCACAUCUCCCCACCUGCCCUGCCUUUAAGGAGAUCGGCAAGCUGCGUGGACCCUUCGACCUUGGACUCAUUCCUGUUGGCGCAUAUGACCCUAGAUUUAUAAUGUCACCCAUGCACGCAAGCCCACGCGAUGCUGUCGAGAUCUUCCGAGACACAAAAUGCAGGCAAGCUCUCGGAAUGCAUUGGGGAACAUGGGUCCUCACCGAGGAAGAGGUCCUAGAGCCCCCAAAGAAGCUCAAAGAGGCUCUCAAGCACCACAGCAUGCCCGAAUCCGGCCUCUUUGACGUCUGCGACAUCGGAGAAAGCAGAGAAUUCUAA